AGGUGUAAAUACAACUCUGUAUACUUUUUGAUUCCAACUUUUGGUGUUUUCUACCUGUGCUGAUUGACAGGGAUAUAGGUGGUAAAAAAAACCAAUUGCUAAAAAAGAAGUGAACUAAUGAAUAAGAAACAAAUUAACGAAGAACAAGUGAACUAAUGAAGAACUAAAAACCCACAAAACUGUUCAUAUUAUAUUGUGAAAAAUAACCGUGGGUAGUUUCUUUUUAACCUUUAAGUGAACAAGAAGAAUUCCAGUAAAAAUAUGAAGUUGGAAAAUACUGUGUGUGGACUACAGUUCUAGAAAAAAUCCUAUUGCUGUAUAUACGAAGCAUGUGAAAAGUAACCAAGACGGAGUUUUCUUUCAUUUUAACUGAUCAACAUAAAUUCCAGUUCACACCAACAGUGAAUGAAGAAGUACGUAUAUUUAUAGACUGAAGAAAUUUGUGGGGGGUUUCUUCUUAAUGUUCUUACUGACAAGAACUGCAGUAAAAACCAAUAGGGUAGUGUGAGAGAGAGACCUGUGUGUUUUGUAGAUACUAUGAUAAGUACCUGUUGCUGGUGACUAGAAAGACAAGAGGAAUAUUCAAAUGCUGUAUCUGGCUGAAAGAAGGAAACUGCGUGUUGUAAAUAAUGGAAGCUGCUAAUUAGGAUACAUGUAGGUAUAAACGAGAGGACGUGUUCAUUAUUUUCCUUUCUGCAAGGCCCGGCUAGCCGCUUACAUUGUAACAAGCCAUUUGUGAUCACUUGGAGGUGGUGUGCCCGAUUACAAAAUUUCUCAUUACCCAGGAAGCAGACGGCAGUGCAAAUUGCAAUCCAUCACUUGUUUGCAGUGAGAAAUUGUGGAGAGCAAAAUUCCCAGAAUUCCCCCGGAAUUAUAGAUAUAGGAAGUAACUUGUAGCUAAUACAGUAUUUUUAUCUUGGUGUUUAUAAAAAAUCUUAGUUCUACAGGCUUAAUAUUGGGAGACUGGUGUUUUUUUCCCACAAAAUGUAAAUCUUUGAUCCGUCUGUGAUUUCAGCUUGUAUGAAUUGAUUGUGGUUCUCACAGCUGUGCCAGUAUCACUGCUCCCAUCUGAGGUGAACAGGUUUUCUCUAUGCCAUGUGGAAAGUAAUCACGUUAUUUAAAGGAACCUCUGUAUUACUUGUGUGUCCUUAGAUUCUGUUGUAGUAGCUUGAAAUACCACUACCAAGAGUACUACAAAUAUCUUCACACACGCACACACAUAAAGAGUUAAAGAUGCACCAUCCAUAUUGCUUAUUCAGAAAAAAUAUUUGGUUUUAAAGUGACGUUCACAGUUUUGUACCUAAAAUAAAAAAAUUCAUAUCUAUACAUAUAUCCCUGCUCACCGAAGAGCCACGGAGUUAUGUUUUCCUGAAGUUUUGUGCGUGUUAUAGUGAGUGUGUUUCACCUGAUUUUGUUUGGCGGUUGUAGGCCAACAAUCAGUUCCAUGAAACCGUUACAUAAGUGUGGUGUCGGUUCCUGGUUAUUCCUCAUUCACACGUUCCAUGUUGGAUAUACCUAGGCUAGACAUUCACCUGUGGAUUUACUGACCCUGUCAACAACAUGUCUGACAUGGAACUCAAACCCAGGCCGGACAGGCCGCGUAUUUACAUGUCUAGUAAAACACACAAGGUUGUCGUCGUCUUUCCAAACGGAGAAGUCGUUGAAGUUGCCAACCCACCAGAAAAGGCCAAAGAUGACAGCAAUGUUGCAUCAUCUACAUCAAGAAAUGGCCAGCUAUCUCGUACGGGUUCUCUCACCGUCCUGCGGCGCACCAACUCGAAGAAGACAGGCAGCAGCAGUAGCCGAGCAUCCAGCGUCUCCAUCGACAGUGUCGACUCCUACGCCAGCGGCGAUCUCGGUGUUGACAAACUGCCCCCCAUUGACACACCUGAGGCGUCACAUUGCUGCUCUGUCAGGUUACGGCAAAUUCUGCGGAGGAUAGAAAAAGAAGAAAUUUCUAAAGAAGAUAUGAAAAACAAUCUAGAAUAUGCGGCGUCCCUCUUAGAAAAUCUGUACAUAGAUGAAACGAGGCGGCUCUGUGAUGAAGACGAUGAGUUGAGCGAAGUCGAACCAGAUGCCGUCCCCAGCGAGGUCAGGGAUUGGCUAGCCUUGACCUUUACAAGGUCGAUGAGCAACAUGAAACGGAAGGGAGAAGACAAGCCUAAGUUCCGAAGUGUUGCUCAUGCAAUCCGAGCAGGAAUUAUGGUAGACAGGAUCUACCGAAGAUUAUCGAGUUCAACAGGAAUUCAUGUACCUCCUCAUGUUUUGAUGUUGUUAAAAAAUCUAGAUGACUGGUCUUUCGAUGUGUUUUCAGUGAACGAAGCAUCUGAUGGACAUGCACUGAAAUUUGUGGGCUACGAACUCUUACAAAAGUAUGGCAUUGUAACAAAAUUCAAAAUCAACUCCACGGUGUUGGAGAGUUUUCUGUUCGCCAUAGAGACGGGCUACAGCAAGUAUAAAAACCCAUACCACAAUCUGUGCCACGGCGCUGAUGUUGCACAAACAGUUCACUUUGUGCUGUCACAGAGCAAGCUGGCGCAUUGGUUGACUGACCUUGAGGUGUUUGCAACCAUUGUGGCAGCUUUGAUACACGACUAUGAACACACAGGAACCACAAAUAACUUCCAUAUUAAUACAGGGUCUGAUGUAGCUCUUCUGUACAAUGACCGUGCAGUGCUGGAGAACCACCACCUGAGUUCCGCGUUCAGACUGAUGAAGGAGGAAGAGUAUGGAAUCCUAUCCAACCUCAGUAAAGAAGAGUACCGAGAUUUCCGGUCACUGGUUAUAGACAUGGUGCUUGCGACUGACAUGUCUUUUCACUUUCAACAAAUAAAGAACAUGAAGAAUCUACUUAGUAUGCCUGAAAAUAUUGAUAAAUCAAAAGCAGUGUCAUUAGUGUUGCACUGUGCUGACAUCAGCCAUCCAGCCAAGGACUGGGAUCUGCAUAAACGCUGGACAGGCCAGCUCUUGGAGGAGUUUUUCAGACAGGGUGAUCGAGAACAAGAGCUGGGUCUGCCGUUUUCCCCUCUCUGUGAUAGGAAAAACACACUUGUGGCCGAGUCACAAAUAGGUUUCAUUGACUUCAUCGUUGACCCCAGCUUCCAAGUGAUGGGCGACAUGCUGGACAAGGUCCUCAGUCCACUGCACCAACAGGCGCAGGCGUCGCGCAACGUGGAGGACUCCAUCUCGGAGGAGGUGUUCGACGCGGAGACCGCCAGUCGGGACUCUAGCUCAUCAGGUACAAGAAGCCGUCCCCAUACACCAAAAACGCCUCCAGUAAACACUGCAAAACGAUUUGGCAAACAUAAGGGUGGCCCGUAUGAGCUACUGAGGCCGUGGGUUGAGUGUUUAGCAACAAACAAACAACAUUGGAAGGAAAAAGCAAUCAAAGAUGCAGAAGAGCGACAAACACUGGGAGGUGACCCGGAGAGAAAACUCAGUGACAUUGGCUCUGUGAAAUCUAACACUAGUGACGAUUCUAAACCACAGCCGAGAGAGCUCCCGCAGAGUAACGCAACUAUUGAACCUUCCCCAGAAAAAUCGAGACCCAUGCCUCAGCAGUUGUCAGGCAAAGUGCCGCAUGCUGAGAGCUCCUCCCGAGAUAGUAUCAGUAUUAAGCCAUUAGUGAAAGGAAUCAGCCGGAAGACUUCAACAACUGAUUUGUUUGUCACCAAUAGAUAUAAAAAUCAAAGCGAGGUUGGAGAUUCCUAUCCCCACACAAUCAGCGAGAUUGCGCAAUCGUCAACAGACGAAAGCUCAGCCUUUGAAGGCAAUGACGUCAUAAUGGAUAAAACAACCAAUGGAAACCAACUUUCUGGAUAAUGAUGUAUAAAUUAAUACGCUCCAGCAGGAACUUGUGGUUUUUCCCGACGUUUUCAACACCAGCCGAUUGUAGAUUCAACAGUUGAAUAAGUACUGAGUUUGACACAGAAAAAGCAAUUUAAAACAAAAACAAAAACACAACGUGUAUGAUUUUUAUAUAUUAUAUGCACUGGCGUAGCCAAGAUUUUUUAUUUUUGGGGAGGAGCAACCACAUUCUCUGAGUCUUGUUAUAACGUGGUGGGGGGAAAAAAGAAGAAAAGAGUUGUGAUUGGGGGCAUUGUCCCAUAUGCCCCCCCCCCCUUCCCGCCUGGAUACGCCACUGAAUGUAUGGCAACACGAAGUCAUGCAUGCUUAUAGCCAUUGAUAUCUUCAUAGAUAUAACUUCGACAAAAGCGAACGCCUGUGGACAUACCAUUCGAUGAAACAUUUUAUUUUAGGACAUUUUACACAUGUAUAGACCAAAUGACUGUAGGCAGGGGCGUAGCGUGAACUGGACCUGGGGGAGGUUCGAAUAUGAACCAAGUUGGACCUUUUCUAUUUUGUUUUUGCACCACCAGAAACUCCAUAUGUAUAAACCUGUAUGUUUUAGUUCUGAAAGCGGACCAUUUGCUUCAGCGGUGGUGUGUGGUGUGUGUUCGUCCGAACCCCCCCCCCCCGACCCCCCCCCCCCCCCCCUGCAGCCUACGCCCCUGUGUAGGGUUAUGAGUGAUGACCCAAAGGUUCUGUACAGAUUGUUUAAAAGAUACAUGUUUUAGUUUGUGUAGGAAUUACACUGUGAAAACGUCCACGCUAAUAACCUACAUGUACUUGUAUAUAAUAUAGCUCGAAAACAUAUUGAUAGAAAUUAUAGAGGCCCUAAUAACGUUGAUACUGUUAUAAUUAUUAAUAUAAAAUGUUAUAUAGCGCGAUUGUGAUUGCGCGAACUAUUACUAUUGUUGUUCGAAACAAAAUACACCACCCUCCUACCCCUCAACGCCCCCAAAGCCUGGUUUGGGCUCACCCAAUCUAGAGCAGUUUCAUCAUGAAAAGGGGAGCUAGGAGAUUUGAUGUUAGAUUAUUGAUAGUAUAUCCUGUGUUGGAAGCCGGGGUGGGGUGGGGUUGGGAGUGUUGGAUGGGGGUGGGGUGUGUGGGGGGUAGGUGGGUGGGUGGUGGGUCAGUGCCUCCCAAAUCUGAAACUGAAUGAUUAGGUCAGAGUAUAUUUGGCCCCCUAGUUCAGAGACAAUCUAAAUAUAAAUUUCAAUCAAUAUUGUUUCUUACUUCGACAUUUCACAAGAAUGUACCUCAUAAUAAUCCAUGCUGUUAGCUAGAAACUGUUUUAAUACGACCAGACUUGAUUACAAAAAUUCCAAAUGGUUUAAUGACCCGUUUUUUACCCCCACUCCAUUAUAUUCAACUGCCUAUUUAUUUAUUUAUUUAUUUAUUUAUUUAUUCUUUAAAAAAUAAAAAAGUCAUUAGGUAGUCCUUUUUACGGAUUAGUUCAUAUGCCCUUUUCCCCCUAGUCCCCCCCCCCACCAAGAAAUUCCUGGAUUCGCCCCUCCAAGUUUCAAAAACUGAUUGAUGAUUAGUUAGUAAUCUAAAUGGAUUGAAGGAAGGAAGAAAAUGGUUUAUUUAACAACGCACUCAAAACAUUUUAUUUACAGUUAUAUGGCGUCGGACAUAUGGUUAAGGACCACACAGAUAAUGAGAGAGGAAACCCGCUGUCGCCACUUCAUGGGCUACUCUUUUCGAUUAGUAGCAAGGGAUCUUUUAUAUGUACCAUAGACAGGAUAGUACAUACCACAGCCUUUGAUAUACCAGUGAUGCUAAAUGGAUUGAGUAUACGAAAUAAUGAAUUCUUAUCUAAUAUGAAACCCAUAGCAGCACGAGUCUUGGGUUACCAAUAGACAUCUGUGUAAAUUCUCAACAGAUGUUUAAAGGCAUAUUGUCACAGGCCACUGACCUAUUUAAUGGCCUAACAAAGUAUUACCUGAACAAAAGUAAUUUGAUUUGUCAAUAAAUGUACUUUAUUCAACCA